AUGCUACCAUCCUUGUUCGACCAGGUUACUCGAAAUUUAGCCAGCAUAGGUUGUAUACCCUUGUCAGACUAUCUUUAUGGAUCUUCUAUAUCCGCAGCUGCACCACAGCAAAGGCUGUCCUCGCCUCCCCAAAAUGCAUCCAUUCAACACCCACAGCCCGCCAUACCCAAGACUUCAGUCGAUACAGUCUCAGCAAACGCUAUUAGUCGUUUACAUCAGACAUCUCAGCGCAUCUUUGGGUCCAUCGACCCACUCAAGUUUGAAUUCAUCGAGGAGGACGGCCAGCGCAGCAAGAAAUGCAUAUUGACGAUAUCCCGUCCAAAUGGAUCCACUCGUUCAUAUGCGACAGACCCGGUCUAUUCUCGAAAAUCCGACGCAAAAUCUGCUGCUGCUUCUCUCGCGAUUGAAAUGGGCGCAUUGGAUUUCAUCACACGCGGGGAGCCCGAGGAGCUGAAACUAAAACGUGGACUGGUUCUCGCCUCCAUUAAUAGCUCGGAAACUCGGGAGGGUAGUCGGGUAGAAAUCGGAUCAAUAAAGAGUUUGUUACAGGAGCCCGACAGCAAUGCGGUGAAACAGAUUGAAAACUGCUGUGUGGAAUGGCGGGGCGGUUCGAUUGCACCGCAUUGGGUAGCAUUAUUGGAGCCUAAAGUCGGACACACUCAAGGAUGCGCUCUCAGGAUCGAGCUUUCAUCACACGUGGUCAAAGUUUACGCAUCAGACACCAUCUACGACACCUACAACGAGGCAAAGGCCGCAUGUGCUGAAGCCGCUCUUUGCGAGGGCGUUCUCGAAUUCAUCAAACAUGGAAACGGUCAACAACGCCCAGCAUCUCCUCAACUGUACCCACCUAGUUCCUCCAACAUCAACGGCGUCUCAGCCAGUAAACAACCUCCUUUAACUCUUCAAGCGUUCUACGACUCCCUCCCCCGCCCAUUCCCCGAAUCAUUCGAAAGCAAAGAUGCCAAUACAUUCGGUGCGCCUGGAUACAUGAACACGCUCGUACAAAACGCAAGAGGCGGCAAAGUGACAAUUACAUUCGUUUUCACUUCAGAUGGAACCCCAGGACUCCAUGGUUGUUUUCUCCGCUUGGACAGACCAGGGGAAUACCGAGCAUACCUCGUCGAUCCUAGAUUUCCAAAACGUGCCGAUGCAAAAGCAGCUGUAUGCCUCCAGGCGCUGUCUCAUGGCGCUGGAGAUUAUAUGCGCGCAAUAGGGAAGGCUGUCGAGGCGAAAGUCACGCCUUUGAUGAAAUCCUGGGUAAACGACCAAGUGUACCCCGUCCUCUUAUCCGAAUAUUCCAAAAUCAGGACUCCUCAUCCUGACUUUACUUACGAGAAGGAAAAAGAUGCCUUUGGAUGCACGAUGACGCUGCACCUCGCUAACGACCCUACACCUGAUCAAACACGAAAAUGGACGGCACCGCCUGAAUACCGCAAUAAAUCGGACGCCAAGGCGGCUGUCAUUUGCACUGCUAUCGAACAAGGCGCGAUCGAGUUCCUCCGCUUUCGAGGCGAGCCUCCUCCUCUUGGAUAUACUACCCCGUAUUCUCUCCAGACUUACGACCCAGAAUCAUCCCAAAAGUCUAAUGGGAAGCGGAAGAUGGUAGAGGACGCACAUCCGCACGCUGAAUCUGAGAAGCCUACAAAGCGGCACAAGAAAUCAAAGGCCGAAGGGCAGCCUGUCCCCUCUGCUCAUCCAAAAAAAUCUGGUAACAAGAAAGGUGGCAGUGUCCACACCCAUAACGUUCCCGGGUCUGGCAGCAUGAGCGUAGGUGAGACUUCCCGAACAGGGUACGUUUCACGCCCAUAUCAGCCUGGACUUGAGGAUGAGAGUGGUUCUGGGACUGCGUAUCCCGUGGCGCAGGGUAGAUCGACGAAUCCUGCUUCGUUCCUUCCGCCUAUGCCCCAGCAUUUCAUGCCUCACUUGCAUUAUUCCGUGCGAGGUGUUCACCCUGUUCCGCCGCAGCCUUUUACUGGAGCUUCGAGCUCGCAUCAGUACUCGCAUACUGCGUUCGGACGUGGUGGGCUUGUGGGGACCGAGAUGUCGCAGUCCGAUUCAUCUGAGCCGGAACCUGGCGAGGUUAUUUGAUGCUCUCGUUGCAAUCGACCGAGUGGUGUUUCGGACGGUUGGUAGUGCUACGCAUUUUAAUGAUCUCCUUGGUUGAUACGGGAGACUGGUACCCCUUUAAAUUCGUAGAACAGAUAUACUGUAUAAAUUUUAUUUACAUAUAUGUCCGCCGCUCAAAUAACGUUGAAUCAAUCGACAGAUAUAAGACUCU